AUGGACGGCCUCUCUUUCCUAGACACAUACGUCGAGCGAGGUCAGAGUAACGCGACACUGAAGGUAGUCCUUCCCCACGGAGAGGUCCGCGAAAUCUCGGAUUGCAUCUGCCCGUUCAAGUUCUUGGACAAGUGUCCUUUACUGUACCAUGCAUUCGAGUACGGUUUCCAGAGUCGCCUGCAAGCCAGCCUUGAGGCUCCAUCCGAGUAUGCUAUCAUAUCGCUCCUCCGUUACUGCUACACCGGUAGCUAUCUUCCUCCACAAGCAGAGUAUGGACCUAUACUACUUCUCCCACACAUCGAGACAUACAAGAUCGCCGACGACUUCGAUGUUGCAGAGCUGCAGCUCCUUGCGCAUGGCAAUAUCUCGCUCCAGCUUGAGUUCGCCUGCUCUCUACCUGCUCCUCCACAAGACUUACUCGAGACUAUACGUUUCGUGUAUCGAUACUACGCCAGCCAACAGGCCCGCCGACAACAUGCUCUCGUUGACACACUCCUCAACUACUGCAUCUCAACUUUCCUGACCCAUAAGCUCGGAGAAGAGGUCGAGUUCCUCAAGAUCGCCGCCGAUCUUCCGGACUUUCGUCAGGACCUCUGUCGCACGAACAUGGAGCGCAAUUUCGAAGACGAGUGCGCACUGGAUAUCAUACGGUUAUGCCUUGACACCCUUCAAGCUCAGCCUUGCGUUCGCCCGACCGUCCUUGCUUCAAGGGACCUACCACAAGAGAUGAUCUGCGACGAUCCCGCAGAUAUUCCAUGCCAACCGCACUACCCACGUGGCGAUCUUCUGACUGCUAUAGAGUACGGAACCUAUCAAGAGGCGGGUCUGGAUAACAUGGUCGACUCCGUUACCGCUACCCUUGUGCACCGGCCCAAGGUCGCGCGGCGAGUUACCUUCGCGGAAGCCAAAAUCGGUUUGCAGUCCAGUUCAGACUCCAACUGCUCCGACAGCACUUCUAUGUUCAAGCCCCCUGGGAUAGCUACUAGCUUUCCAGCGCCUGCUUCCUUCAAUUGCCUUACCACGCAACCAGCAAACAACGAUGACUCCUCCGACGAGGAUCAGGGCUUCACGUUAGUCUCUCGACCGAAACCACACACCCUGGCUACGAUCGAUGAGCCGAUGUCCAGUCCUGAGAUAGUUCCUACCCCUGUUGUCAACAUUCUAGCUGCGAGCGGAACCGACUACUCCAGCGACGACGAGUGGGACAUGAUCUGA